ACACAAUGUGAGGAAUAAUGACACUCCCUCUUCGGUUUCACUUCCUCAUGAACAAAGUUCAGCUUCAUUCUUUUUCGUGAACAACAGAAAGAGUUUUCAUGAAAAUGAUCACUUCUGGAAACACAUCAAAGCACGUUUAGCGUUUGCCGAUUUCAGGAACUGCGUUUGCACAGAAAGCUAAAUUAGAGCACACUGUUAUGGAGGAAGAACUAGAACCACACGACAGCAAGACAGCGACUGCUAAAGAAACAGUUUCGUCAGAGCAAUCCUCACCACAGCAGGAGACACUCUUCAAUAAUGCAGAAGAGGCUGACGUGGGCUUUAGCGCCUCCUGUCUGACCACAGCAGAACUGCAGCAACACUGGAGAGCCGUGAAGCAGGAGUUCAGGAGCGUCAAACUGCUGUUCGACAUCCCCAGCGCCCGCAUCACAGAGCACACCAUCUCUAAAUACGUGGUGUACCAGAUUGUGGUGAUCCGCUCGGGCAGCUACGACUGCGAGCGUGUAGCUAUCGAGAGGCGCUACUCGGACUUCCUCCACCUCCAUCAGGAGCUCCUGCUGGACUUCAGUGAGGAAAUGGAGGACAUCGUGAUGCCCAAAAAGAAAAUGACGGGCAACUUCUCCGAGGAGAACAUCGCUGAGCGCCGCGUGGCCCUCAGAGACUAUCUCACUCAGCUCUACUCCCUCCGGUUUGUCCGGAAAUCCCAAGCUUUCCAGGCGUUCUUCACUCAUCAGGAACUGAAAGCUGCAUAUAACCUCCUGCGCGCGGGACGCUUCUCUCGAGCGCUCGAGGGCCUCCAGACGGCGUUAAUACUUCAGGAGAAACUGUCUUCUCACAACCCUACUUUAGUGAUACCAACCUUGUGCGCCAUAUUGGUGUGCCAAAGGGAUCUAGAAGACUUUGACGGAGCAUUUCAGACCGGCAGAAGAGCUCUUCCCACAGUGAGACGCUAUGAGCUCCGCCAGUAUCAAGGGCCCCUGCUGGAGGCUCUCGUUGAUUUGGGCUACAGUCUUGAGUUACCCGUGGCUCAGUUACAGGACGAGCUGACCAGAGUUCGAGACGCGCCACACGGGCAGGCGUCACUGGUGUCCCUUAAAGAACUGGUGGUCCAAGAGUUUGUAUAAUCAGUGACAGCUGUAACUUAGUUGUGUUUAUAAACAUUAUUUGAACAAAUCGCCAAAUGAGUGCAAAGUCCCACAGUUGUAGGAAAUACAAUGAGACCAGAAUUUCAUAGAGACUUGGGUUGGGCUCUUUUGACUCGGGCCAGAAAGCAACCACCAUGAUCAAACUAGCAGCCAUCGAGCAAUGCCCGAGCACCCACACUGAACACCCUAGCAACUGCAUAGCAACAUGCCCCACCCAGAUGUAAUCACCAGAACAUCAAAAACAUGAGGAUAUAUGUCUUUGACUUAGGGCAGUGUGCUUGUUUUCAUGAACCCAUACUGCCCAUAUUUGUAUUAUUUCACAUUUAAUUUUCUCUGCAAACCUUUUCCAUUUAUCUUGGAUGACAGUGAAAAUGAAAUGUCGGUGGUUUACUUUAGCAAGUUAGUCUGAAUUGCUUUCACCAAUUGUGAACAUUUCAAUCCAGUGUUUGUUAUUGUUCACUAAAACUGUUAAAAUAUUUUUUGCUAAUUGGAAUAAAGCAGAGUGAAAUUAAAAUAUACAUAUUAUAUAAAAAAGUGUUGCCAAUGUAACUAACUGAAAUAAAAUGAGUUUAACUUAAAGCUAUACUAUGCAAUUUUUCAGCGCCAGAGUUCACAUUUUCAAAACAAUAAAGGCAAAGCGUGAUGACGCUAUUAGGGAGAGUGGAACGGUGGAUGAUGUUUUCACCAUAUAUGGUAUAUUUGGUAUAAUUACGAAUCAUGUUCACAAAUGAGGUAGUAAAUACAUUUUUAUAUUACCUAUUCGUUUGAUCACACUAUUUGAUGUCAUCGUGAUGAAUUAGCUGCAUGGAACGUGUAAUGUAAUGCUAUAUUAGCCUGUUACUGAUAUGUGACUAUUUGUCAAAUGAUUUCGUGGGUUAAUGCUGCACAGUUUUACACGUUUAAAACAAUCGUACUAAAAGUAAAUUUGAACGGAACCACAGAAUUUGCAAGUAAUGGUUAAAUAUUUCUCCCUGUUCUAUCCUAUGUCAGUUAUUGUUUGUGUCAAGUGCACACUGUCUCAUACAUUGGCUUGUUAUCAUGUUUGGAAUAAAUCCUCUUGUUAUUCGA